CUUCACCAUUCAAUUUGGAGUCUUGGACAUCUAGCUUUAUUGGAUCUCAACAAUUGUAAAAGCCUCAAGAACCUACCAGAAGACAUUUGUAAGUUGGAGUGCAUGAAGGAGCUAAACCUAGGUGGCUGCGUGUGUAUCAACAUGUUUCCAAAGCUUCCGAGGAACAUAGUGAGAGUAGAUUUGAGUGGAACAGCAAUAGAACAAGUCCCAUCAUCAUCAUUCGAUUAUUGUACAAGUCUUGAGGCUUUGUGUCUGAAAGAUUGCACAAGGCUUGAAUAUGUUUCAACAGCUAUUAGCAAGUUAAAAUUGCUCAAUCAUCUUGACCUUUCUUAUUGCUCCAAACUAAAGUGCUUCCCAAACAUCACGGAGCCUAUGGAACAUUUGGUGCAUCCUUAUUUGGAUGGUUCAGGGAUUGAGGAGAUACAAUACAGGUCGAUUAAAACUUUAAUUGGGCUUCGCAUGCUAAAUUUGAGGCAAUGCAAAAAUCUUAAAUCUCUUCCAAUAGGUAUUUUUUGUACAAGCCACCUUGAGGUUCUCUACCUACCAGAGCGUUUAGAAUUGGAGAGUUCAACAUUUCAGAGAUUUGAGUAUGAAUACUACCGUGAUGCUUAUAACACAGCCAAAAAUUCCAUCUUAAAUCAACAGGAAACAGCUUACUCUAAAGAGGGUUCUAUUCUUUUUGGCGAUAAAAUACCAUUUUGGUUCACACAACAGUCUGAAGGAUCAUCUAUAGGCUUUAAGUUUUCAUCAAAUUUGCUCGAAAUUGACUCAAUAACGCUAGCUUUAUGUAUGGUGGUUAACUUUGAAGAGUUGUAUAUUCAUGAGACGAGCCACAUUAUUCGUUGUGAAUGCCAUUUCAUCAAAUGUGAUAACACAAUUCGGAAACGGGUGUUUGUGUUUCCUAAACAGGAGAAAGUCAUAUGUUACAAAAAUUCAAACUUCUUGUUGAUGUGGUAUUUGAAUGAGACAUUCAGCAAUAUUCAUGACACGGUUGAGGUAUCGUUUGACUUCUCCAUUGUAAAUGUAGAAGGGAAACAACAUCGUGUUGGCCUAGUAAAAAAGUGUGGAAUCCAUGUGUUGAAUAGCCAAUGUGCAAAUAGUGAGAAAAUUCCUCACAACUACUUCCCAUUACUGCUUUACAUAUCAGAGGUAAUUCAUAAACUUCCUUCCUUAACGUUGCUGCACCUUUAAUUAAUUGCGUUUAUUUUAGACCGUUUAUAAUUAACAUACAUUAUUGAUCGAUGCUCAUAUAGCACUAUCAUGAUUGAUAGAUUAUUCUUGUGAUCUCCUUAAUAGUGAUGCACAUGGGGCAGGAAAUUGGCGGGGAGUGCUCCCCCGUCCCCGUCCCCAUUUAUAUUUUUAAUCCCACGUCUCCGCUUCAUCCCCGUUUAUUCCCCAUCGGGGGCGAGGUGGGGAAUCGCCUGUUGGGGCGGGGAAUCCCCAUGGCUAACAGGGGCGGGUGAAAAUGUGCAUAUAGACUUAUAAGUAAAUGAAAGAAAAAAAAAGUUGGGAAAACUAUGAAACUACUGACUUUGGUUAAGAAUUUUUUCUCUAGGGGAGAAACGGCAACCAAUGUGAUAUGCCCAACCCCAUGGGGAAGACGAAACCUUCUGAUCUCAUUUCAAUUACACGACGGGGUACGCUACAAUUUCCCGGACGAGGGAGAGUACGACUUUUCAAAUAAAGGCUCCAGAGAAGGAUCAUGGGCACAAAAACAAUGCAUUUAAGUUAAUAAUUUUAUAUAUUGAAUUAAAUCUGUUUAUAAAUAAAGGUAUUGUUGUGUUGUGUUGAUUAUGUUAUGAGAGGAUAAUAAAAAAUAAAGAAAAGAUUGAGGAAGAAUAAUACAUUCUAGCUCUCACUAUCUCAUGACACUGUGAUAACUCUACAAAAUAGAGUUAUUUCACCAC